UUCAUUUAGCGACUCACUUGCAUAUCCGUGUGAAAGUCAAUGUGAUACUAAAUUCAAUGUGAUCCUUAUUACUAUGCCUUUCUUAACCCAGUUUUUAUUAAGAAGACCCUCUCCCUUUGUUAAACAAGGACAGCUUCCUCGAGCCCCGAAAGCUAGGUUCGCUGGAGUUCCUGUUCUGAAGAAUAGCAUAGCAAACAAAGACUACACUGGCUUUGAGGGGAAUUGUAAUGAACAGAUGCAGAAUAUGCUUUCUUGUCUGACAAAUGCAGCACUUAACCAAUCAGCUUGUGAGGAAGAAAUCCUCAGCUACAACACAUGCAUGAAAAAAGCAAUAGAAGUUGGGCGGAUGAAGAAGGCUAAUAAGUUUGUAGCAAACCCUACCACAAGUUUUGAUGGACGACAAAAGGUUCCACCGCCUAUAAUCAACAAAGUCAUGUCUAGAUAUCCAAUGAAAUACAAAAGUCUCAAAAACAUCAAAUGACAAAGGUUUUUAUGUACAGUCUGAAUGGAUUGCGUGUGUGGGGAUGAUAAAUGUAUACGUCUGUUUUCUUUCUGCAUUAAAUGUGUUAACAUUUACACCACA